AUGAACUUGAUGGUCAACUACAUGACCAGAACCAUCCCACCUGAGCUAGGCUCUUUAUCAAAUCUUGGAGCUUUAAGCUUGGCUAGAAACAACGUUUCCGGGACCAUCCCUCCAUCCAUAGGAAACCUCUCAUCUCUUUCCAAACUCUCUUUCAUGUAUUGUAAUUUGCAAGGGGAGAUUCCGAGGGAAAUUGGUAGGCUUCGAGGCCUGAGAUUCGUCCAGUUAUCUGUGAAUAACCUAUCCGGCAAGGUUCCUUUCGGGCUUUACAAUAUCUCCAACAUCAAUUUUUUAGCACUAGGUGUCAACCAACUUAAGGGAAAUAUUCUUGCUGAUAUAGGCUCCACACUUCCUAAUCUCCAAGCUCUUUAUCUUUUGGACAAUUUAUUUACUAGAACACUUCCUACUUCACUACUUCAUAAGCUUCAAGCUCUGGGGUUACACCAAAACAAAUUCACACAACUUCCAUCUUCGCUUGGUAAUUUGACUUCGUUGAUUAUUCUCUACUUGGGACAAAACAACAUCCAUGGAAACAUACCUACGAGUUUGGGAAAUUGUCAUAGAUUGUUGGAAUUAGACCUUUCUCAAGAUAAUCUUAAUGGUCCAAUACCCCCUGAAAUUAUGAAGCCCUCAACCCUUUCAGAAUUGCUUUGGUUAGGUCAGAAUGCACUGUCCGGUUCUCUUCCAUUAGAAAUCGGUUCUUUGAAAAAUCGUGGAAACUUGGAUGUGUCCCAUAACAAAUUAUUAGGAUCCAUACCAAACAUUCUUGGUAGUUGUUUGAGUCUGGAAUGGCUUGAGUUGGAAAAUAAUUCAUUUGAAGGAGAGAUACCUCAAAGUUUGAGAACGCUAAGGGGUUUAAGAUUGUUAGAUCUUUCGCACAAUAAUUUGUCGGGGCUGAUCCCAAGUUAUCUAGGUGAGUUUCAACUAGAUAUCUUGAAUUUGUCUGUUAAUAGGUUACAUGGACAAGUUCUAAUACAAGGAGUGUUUCAAAAUACGAGUGCGAUUUCAGUUGGAAAUAAUCAUCUAUGUGGAGGAAUUGCAAAAUUAGACCUUUCUCCUUAUUCAUCCUCCAAAUCAAGCAAGAAUAAGUUGUCUCACAAGCUGAAAAUGAUAUUGGUUGUGGUGGUUGCUCUUGUGAUAUGUGCAACUUUGUUAGUUGUCUUCUUCAUAUUUCUCCAACAAUGA